AUGAACAUGAUUCUUGUCUUUCUCGCUGUGGUAGCCGUCAGCCUUUCGGAAGUGGCAGGAAAUCCGUGCUCGGAACCGUUUGAACGUGGGCCCUGUCGUGGAUAUCAUCGUGUGUGGGCUUUCGACCAGAGUUCGGGCACCUGCGUUCCACGCGUUUAUGGUGGUUGUCGUGGCAACAACAAUCGCUUCGAAGACAAGGAGACCUGCCAGCAGAUUUGCCUCGGCUGA